ACAAUGAAAAAGAAGUUUUUUGUGCUGCGUCGUGAAACAGGGGCUGAAAAUCCAGCGCGUCUGGAAUACUACGACAAUGAGAGGAAGUUCAAUGCAGGUGUCCAGCCAAAAAAGCCUAUUGUACUCAAUACGUGUUUUAGCAUCAAUCGGAAGAAGGACCCAAAACACAGCCAUGUCAUUGCUCUGUACACCAAUCAUGACCCUGUGUGUAUGGCAGCUGAGUCUGAAGCAGAACUGAAUGAGUGGCUCGGUUUCCUUCAUCACCACAUGCAUCAAGCUGUGUCUGGUGCUGAUGGACAGUCUAUGAAGAUGUAUGAGCAUGUUUGGCAAGUUGCGGUGCAGCCACGGAGUCUUGGUAGCAGUAAAGGACUGACAGGAGAGCACCACAUCUGUCUCACUUACAAGUCCAUUGCACUCGUCAGAGUGGGAGACUGCCAGAAAAAGAUUGAAUUCCCAUUGAAUAGCAUCCGGCGAUGUGGACACACAGGAUCAUUCUUUUUUCUUGGACUUGGACGAUCAGCUGCUACAGGUGCUGGAGAUAUCUGGAUGCUCACUGAAGAUGCUGUUAUUGCUGAAAAUAUGCACAGCAUUAUAAGAAAAGCGAUGCAUGAUCCCUGCAACAAUAUAAGUGUAGACCCUCCUGUUUCUCGGGAACGCACCCAGUCUAUGUCCAAUCAUCGUUCAUUUGAGGGUGGUAAGUUAAACCUUACUGCAAUUUUGAAGGACUUGUAAUUCAAAAUGAAAGCAUGGAGAGAUAUUAACUAAAGUCUUUUUCUGGACAGACAGACAGACAGACAGAUAGACAAUAGAGACAGAGAGACUCCUCAUUCAUUGUUCUCGCUUUUAUUCUUACUGCUUUAAACUAUGUGUUGUGUUCUAGUUUGGUACUCCUUUUCCACAAUAAGACCCCAAAUCAGGUAUCACAUUUCUGAGUGCUGAACAUUGGUUGGUAGACAAUAAACAAUUGUUGUAGUAGCUGCCACUGCUUUGCUCUGCAUUUAUGCUUUAUGAAUGAAUUUGUUUGUACCUAAGGCAAUAUUUUUAUAGCAAAAUAUUGUUUAGAAUCUUUGAAACUACUUCCAGUAGAGCAAAAACACUGUCAAGUGUGGUGGCAUCUGCUUCCCAAAGUCAGAGGUGUGAAGCAUCACCCACUAGGUCAUUAUGAUGCUAAUUAUACUUUUCAUUACCCUUUAUUCCUGUACAUCAUGUAGUUCUACUUUACAUUAUUAUGUAUCUACAGUAUGAGGUGUUAUUAUAUACGUACUUGUAGUAUAUUAUGUAUUGAUGGCAUCUGGCAACUGUCUUCUGUCACUGUGCUGUAGUUCUGCUCAGCAUUCCAUAGGUCGCAGAAUUUUCUACCGAUCACCAGAUUUCUUAAUUUAA